AUGUCUGUCACGCUCCACACAACCCACGGCGAGCUCAAACUCGAGCUCUUCUGCGAAUCCACCCCCAGCACCUGCGAGAACUUCCUCGCCCUCUGCGCCUCCUCCGCCUACGAUGGCUCCGACUUCCACCGCCUCAUCCCCGGCUUCAUGAUCCAAACCGGCUCCCCCGCCAGCGAUCCAAAACACAAAGCGUCGACCUCGAUCUACCCGACCCACAACGCCCUCUUCGAAGACGAGAUCCGCCCCGCGCUACGGCACAACGCGCGCGGCAUCGUGGCGAUGGCGAAUAAAGGACCGAAUACCAAUGGGAGCCAGUUCUUCAUUACGUUUGCGCCGGCGCCGCAUCUGGAUGGGAAGAACACCGUGUUCGGGAAGGUGAUUGAGGGAUUUGAGACGCUGGAUGCGCUGGAAGGGGUGGAGGUUGAUAAGAAAGGAAGACCGAAAGGCACGGCGAGGAUAGAGAAGGUACAGAUACAUGCGAAUCCGCUUGCUGGAUAG